CCACUACUUUACAACAUUUGCUGUUAAUAUAACACAUUGCAGGACUGAGGCGCGAAGGCUCUACCGGGAGGGGCCUAGGCCGGGUACCAGCAGUCCAGGCGACGCCGGCGCGGGCAGCAGCAAUGGAUAAGCGCUACUUUCCUCUUGCUGGCGUAGUCACAGUGCUGUUGCUCCUCGCUCUUGUGACUUGGCCUGGGUACCCUGAUGGCACCUCGCCCCGUGGCCUCGCCAGCUCCACCGCCCGCGCUCUUGUGGACCCAGCAACUGUAUCAUACAGUUUGGACCCAGCUCGCGGGAAGCUGCUUCAAGUUCAGCUCGUUUUCAGGCACGGCGCGCGCACGCCGCUGAACCAGCUCUAUGACUUCUCCGCGAAGUGGAACCACUGUCGGGACCACUACCAGGGCGUGGAGGUGGAGCUGUUCGAUGAGAACGGGGCGCCGCAGCCGCCGCCCAUCCUGGACCCGCACACGCCGCCGCUGCCCGGCAACUGCACGCAGGGCACGCUGACGGAGGCGGGCUACGGCAUGGCGCUCAAGGUGGGGUCGUGGCUGCGCUCGCGCUACGUGGAGCAGCUGGGCUUCCUGCCGGACCUCACCGGCAGUAGCACCAGCAGCGGCAGUAGCAGUGGCAGCAGCAGCAGCAGCACCAGCAGUGGGACUGGGAGCGAGGGUGACAGGGUGUGGGACAGCUCCAUCGCGACGCUGCGCACCACGCCCAUCCGCCGCACCAUCGCCACACUUCGCGGCGUCCUGACGGGCCUGUGGCCGGGCCUGGAGCAGCCCACAGCGGCGGGUGUGGCGGCGGCGGCGGCGGCGGCGAAGGACAAGCGGCGGCGGCGGCUGGCGGCGGGGGCAGUGCCGCCACUGCCUGUGGGUGCCAGCGCUGAGGAGCUUGAAAUUAUGUACGGCAACAACAACACGUGCGCCCGCCUCACACCGCUGUACGCGGCGCUGCAGAAGGACCUGGAUGCCUGGGACGCUCGUGACACCGAGCUGCCCCGUCAGAACCGGCUGGUGGCGGAGGCGCUGGGGCUGGACCCAGCAGUGAAGAUCAACUGGCCCAAGCUGUACGACGUGCUUGCGGCCAUGGUAGCGGACGGCUCGCCCAUGCCGGCCGGGGCGUCCCGGGAGGUGCUGGACAUCAUCUGGGCGCAGGCGGAGCGGCACGAGGCGGCCCUUAUCGGCCCCGGCGCCGACCUAUGCGCGCAGAUGGGUCCCGGCGGCGGCGGCAGCAGUGAGAGCGCCGCGGCGCGGCGGCGGCGGUGCCAUGAGGUUCUGCGGCUGGGCAUCGGCAUGCUGGUGAAGCGCCUGGUGGACAACUGGGACGGCGCGAUUACGAGCGUUAGCGGCAGUAGCAGUAGCAGUGGCAGUGGCAGCAAGGGGAGUGGCGAGGAGGAGGUGCGGGCGCCGGCGCCGGUGCGGAGCGCGGGGGCGGGCAAGAGCGCCGGCUCGGUCACAGCGCUGGGCAGCGGAGCGGUGGUGGCCGCCGCGCUGGGCGGCGAUGGCGGCAGCGGCAGCGGUGCCUCCGGUGCCAGCAUGGCACGCGGGCGCAACCUUCUGGGCCGGGAUGCGGCUUCGGAGGAGCAGGAGCGCGCGCACCACGGUAGCGGCGGCGGUGUUGGCGCUGCCGCCGGUCAGUCUCGGCUGUACUUGUUCAGCGGCCACGACAGCAGUGUGACGCCGCUGCUGGCGGUGCUGGGGCAGCCCGCCGCCGCCUGGCCGCCCUUCGCCGCCAACAUCGCAUUCGAGCUUUGGCAGAUGCCGGCUGCGGCCGCCGCCAAGUAUGCCGGCGGGCGCCGCGCCCUGGCGGGCGCCGCCGGCACGGCGGCGCUCCGCGCCUCCAGCGCCGGCCCCAUCCAGCCCGAGUACUGGAUCCGUAUCCUGUACAACACCAACCCGCUGGUGGUGCCGGGUGUGAGCAGUGUGGGCGGCUGGGCGCCGCUGAGCGUGCUGCGGCAGCGUGUGAUGCUGCCGUACGCCAUCGGGCCGGAGGAGCACGGCCGCGUGUGCCGUGCGACUGACGUCAGUGACAUGCUGGCGGAGGAGGAGGAGCCCGGCAGUAGCAGUAGCAGCGGCGGGGCCGAGGGCAGUAGCAGCGGGGGGCGGCAAGGGGCCGCGGGUGCGCGGCGGUCAUUGCAAGGCAUGGCGGCGGGAGGGAGAGGGAGUGGGGGGAGUGGGAGUAGAGGAAGUGCGAGGGGGGAAGGUGGCGGGGUUUACUCGCGCUACCAGAGGCGGGACGCGGCGGUUGGGGCGGCGACGUCGUCGUUCCGCAACGACCACCUUGGGGACCCGUUGUGAUGAUGAGGUCAGCUGUUGAUCAGUCGUGCGCUGUGAGCGUGCUGGUAGUAAUCAUGUAGCGCGCUAUUGCCGCGAGUGCAGGCCUGCAGGGGCACCCUGAGGGCUGUCGGUCAGGACUCAGGUGUGCCGCGUUCAUAAUUCUUGGGAUCGGUGACUGCGUCGUUGAUACUGUGUGGGCAUAUUGCCUCCGAUUGACUAUUCAUCCAUGGUGUUAGUCUCAAGAGCUCCAUUGCGUUCGUUGCGGCACAAGCAACGCAACCGGGCCCGUACUUUGGCACCGCUUGAUGCGAGUGAUGUGUAACAGGUACUCCUGAUUUGGUAUCAAAGGCGGCAACGGGCAGUGGAAGGGCUGCACGCAAUCAAUCAGCGAACUCUUUGAUUGAGGAAAACAGUCAGUGCGGCAGGAUUGUGCGGGACCUGGCACGGAGUGAUGGCACCGCAUGCACGGACGUAACCACACCGCGCUGCACGCAUUGCUGUUCACACGUUAUGCACCUCAUGGCUUAUACUCGCCCGCCUAAGUUGCCGUUGGCAAUCCGACGACGCGCAUUGCUUGCUGCUGUCCAUGCUGGUGCUGCACUGGCGGGGAAUAGGGACAUGCCGACAUGUACGACUACCGUAUGAUACGUGUUGCACACCUUGAAACCACACACACACACACACAUGUGAGAUGAGACGCGCUGGUUAUUAAAGCCACACAAUACAAGUGAGCGAUGUCAGUGUUCAUGUCAGGCGCAGUAGCAGACGGUGAGCACACCUGCUGGUACUGCACAGGCCCCCAGCCCCCAGCCAUGCAAGUCGGAGGAAGUCGGUAUCCCCCGACCCAACCCGGCCCCCGCCCCCCGGCUACAAUUUGCGCGUCGGCUCCCAGCGCAGAUUGCGCCUGGCUUCUCCCAGUGCUCUAUGUAGAUCGGUUUGGUGCCGAGACGCGAGAUGUGUGGCGCCCGCACGCGAGAUGUGAUGCGUCCACAUGACAGCAUCUAUCAAUGAAGUGCAAACAACGCACACCGUGGUAGUGAGGCUGUCUUCUGUGUCAAUCCCAGAUGAAUCUGCUC